UCAGGGCAUAUUGAGUCUUAACAAGUCGGGAAGAGAAAGGCUAUAUCAAUAUGGAGGUCAAUAUCAACACAACUGAUUUUAGUGAGAUUUUAACUGCAAAACCAACUAUAUUUCCUAGAUCUGGAUAUAGCAUUCUGUCAUUUAUCAUGUUUUUAAAUGCUGUAUUCUCAAUUUUCAACAAUUUACUAGUGAUUCUAGUAACCAUAAGAUACCCGCAACUUCGCAAUCCUAUUAAUAUUUUUAUUCUAAACCUGUCAUUUUCUGACCUAUUAAUGACAUUGUGUGGUACUACCAUAGUGGUCAGUACCACUUAUCAUGGCUACUUCUAUCUGGGUAAAAAAUUCUGCAUUUUUCAGGGAUUUGCAGUCAACUAUUUUGGAAUUGUGUCACUCUGGUCUCUCACCCUUUUAGCGUAUGAGAGGUACAAUGUGGUCUGCCAGCCAGUUGGAGCCCUGAAGCUCAACACUCGAAGAGGUUACCAAGGACUGAUAUUUAUCUGGCUGUUUUGUCUGAUUUGGGCUGUAGCACCACUGUUUGGCUGGAGUUCCUAUGGUCCUGAAGGUGUUCAGACCUCUUGCUCCAUUGGAUGGGAAGAGAGGACAUGGAACAACUAUAGUUAUCUGAUUGCAUACUUUCUGACAUGCUUCAUUAUUCCUGUAGCCAUUAUUGGAUUUUCAUAUGGAACUAUACUGCGAUCAUUACAUAAGCUGAACCGGAAAAUAGAAGGGCAGGGAGGAAAAACAGACCGUGAGGAAGAGCUACGUGUAGUAGUAAUGGUGCUUUUCAUGGUGAUUGCUUUUCUCAUAUGCUGGCUGCCAUAUACAGUUUUUGCUCUGAUCGUCAUUAUUAAACCAACACUCUACAUCUCUCCUCUUGCUGCAACUCUACCAACGUACUUUGCCAAAACCAGCCCUGUCUACAACCCAAUCAUCUAUAUCUUUCUAAACAAACAGUUCCGCAAUUGUGCUGUUGAGUGUUUGACAUGUGGACACAUUGCUCUAUCUACUCCGAAAGAGGAUAGCGCAUCCAUGGCUGUUCCAGCUGAAAUCCAAACUGUUCCUAAACUCAAUCAAGUGACUCCAGCCUAGUAAUAGCAGGACUGUAAAACACAUCGUACUGUAAUAUCUCAAGGGGAAUCAGUACAAUUUUGGUG